GACCGAGCUCUGAAUAUGUUAUCGCAAGUCACUUAUUACGAUCAACUGUUGUUGCUUCUGUCCGACCUGCUUCUGUCCGGGUGUGCAGUCACUCUGUGAGCUUUGUGUGUGAACACUUUUACGAGGAGCAAUGUCUCACCCACCGAGAAACAUAUUGUUCUGCAACCUCUGAUUGGUGGACGCUCAGCAAAGAAAGCCUUUAGGUCCAAUGGAAUCUGAGUUUUACCGGAGAAAAGUUUGGCUCCAGUGUUUUGCCGUGUCUGAAGAGUGGAGAAAGAGCAACACCUCUGCUUUUUGUUACUGAAUGCUUUUGCAAUUAUUGGAGGGGCACAGAGUCGACUGAAUCCUUCUGAGGGACAUGGACGCCAUGGAGAACCCGGUCCUGGAGCCCAGAUCGGAGCGCAUCGCUCGCUACAAAGCUGAGAGGAGGCGAGAACUGGCCGAACGCUUUGGCAACAUGGAGGAGCUACCUUCCAAGUGGGUGAGGAGGGACGGGAGAGAGCUGCACGACCCAGAGGCCCACAGAGGGACUUUGAACUCAGAUGGCCUCAGUGAAAGAGUUAAUGGCAGGACGCACAGAGUUACAAACGGAUUAGAGGAUCCUGCCGAGUCCAACCACUCGAGAAGGCAGGGUUCCCCGGACUCUGCCAGCAUGCUGAGCGGGGAGGGGCACCUCGUCCCUCUUGGACUCGAUGCCCCGCAGCUCCGCACUCGAGUGUCGGUGGGCCAGUUGAGAAGUGCUCUCCUGCAGCAGACUGGGAGCGGAGCGCAGCCCCAGAAAGUUUGCCCUGAUGCUGGGCGAUCCACGUCCUCUCUGGAUCUGGCUGUGAAGCCGGGCUCUGAGGGGGGGCGGCGACGAACCCGCCGCUACCUUCCCGGAGGGUCAGGUGGCGGUCGCAAGGCCAGUGAACGCUUCAGGACACAACCGAUCACAGCCAAUGAGAUGGAGGAGAGCAGCGGAGCGGUGGACGCAGAGGAAGAGGAGAACCGUAAAGCUGAUGUUAAAACAGACGACAGAGCCAAAAUGAGUGUGGCAGCCAAGAUGUCUUUGUUUAAAGAGCUGGAGAAGUCUGCUGCACCCGAGGCCUCCGCCUUCCUGAAGCCUCGCUCAGGCAGCGUCUCUCAUGAGCGCAGGGUGCGUCGUGGCAACGACCAUCGCUUUCUAACUCAGCCAAUCACCUGUGAGGAAAUCGUGGCAAUCAGCUCCCCCAAAUCAGCAGCACCAGUGGAGUCCCAGUGUGUGCAGGCUGAGUCAGUGGAGGAUGCCGACGAGAGCUGCAAGCUGAGCAUGAGUGAGAAGCUGGCCCUCUUCAACAAACUGUCCCUGGGGAAGCAGGAGGGCGGCCCUGCUGACGGGGCCCCAGAGAGACGAAGGCAGAAGGGGGCUCGGUACCGCACACAGCCCAUCACCGUGGAGGAGGUCAGCCUGCUGCAGAAAGGCCCCGUACAGCUUCCUGCCUUCUGUUUGUCCCCUCAUCUGUCCGACAGACAGCAGGACUCGUCUGUCAACCUGAAACCCAGUGAGAUACGCCUUUCCCAGCCCAGACCUGACACCGGUCCUGUGCCCGCGGAGGGCCCGCAGCGCCACGACUCUGAGCCAGUGUUGAGAGGAAUACUGAAGAAGAGCUGCUCCGGAGGCUCAGAGUGGAGCGGGACGGAUGCACACGAACAGAAUGGUGGAGGUUGUGAAGAAGCAGAGACACCAGGGAGGAUGGAGAGCACAGAGCGGCAGGAAAUGCCUGUAGCACCACCGAGAGCGAGACGCCAGGCUUCAGGUGCGGAGGGAGGCUCGCUGGCUGCCGCUCCCUGGAGACAGAGGGCUCGAACCAGGAGGGAAACCAUCGCCUGUACACCAACAAGAGCCUCGUCAGAGCAGGACGCUCCUCAGGGGGACAGGCCCUGCAAGACAACGCUGCAGGAACAGCUGCUUUCCCCAGUGGAACACCGCUCGGAUACUACAGGGAGAGCUCAGCAGCAGAAUGAGGAAGACGGUGUGAGGAGGGUGAAUGAAGAAACCGCAGCCGUGGGACAUGUUCAGGUCACACUGCUGGAUGGCACCGUUAACCUGCAGGACACCAGCAGCAGCAGAAGGAAGGAAGAGACAGCACGCCUUCCUGUGGAGAGUGUCAACCCUCAGAGCUGGGAACCCGUCUAUGCCUCUGUCUAUUCUAGCAGUACACCCCAAUAUAUCAUGUGUUUCAAUCAGACAAAUUUGUCCUUUGAGGCACAAGAAGUCUCCUCUCCUACCGAGAGCCAGAUUCAGCCUCAGUGGAGACAGAAGGCUAAUGGAGUUGAGGAUGAGAUGGACGAAGUCGAGGGAAUUAACACAGAGCAGGAAAAGAACGAGCAAGAGGCCACGAGAGGAUCUCCAGAGUCGGACAGAAAUGAAACGUCUCCUAUCGAGGGCCGCUGCUCCGAAGCUCCAACACGCUCAUAUGAAGCGCCACAGAGCUCUCCGCUCUCAGUGGCUGCACAUGAGGUGAAGGAGGAGACGCCUGUGGAUGAAUCAAACACGUUUGACGGAGGUUUCUCCAGAGACCAGUCAGCUGCCUCCGCCUGCACCGCCCCAGCCGUCGCUGCCACAGAGAGUGAGCAGGACCUGGGUGUCCUCUGCCAGACCAACACACCCAUACUGACCUCAGCAGUAGCAGAGCACAGGCGAUCCGUGCGUCCGUCCCGUCGCACUCAGGGCUCCAGAAACCCUCUGAGGGCUCUCGCUGCCCGGGAGGACAUCCGGCAGGACUACAUGGGAGAGAGAGUCAACACGGCGGCUGACGAGAGCAAUCAAGCAGAGAAGAAGUCCAAGAACUCCUCUGUGGUAGAGUCGCAUCCUUCCAGAUCAGAAGACUCUUCCUCAGAUACUUCCAAGUCUUCUCCUCCCUUCAGCAGCCUCAUGCUCAUUCACAUCAAAGGUAGGCGGCAUGUCCAGGUGCGUCUGGUGGAGCCCUCAGUGCGCUCGCUGAACAGUGGAGACUGCUUCCUGCUGGUCACUCCGGAGCAUUGCAUCCUGUGGAGCGGAAAGUUUGCCAAUGUGCAAGAGAAAGCAAAGGCCUCUGAGCUGGCAUCAUCCAUCCAGAGUCGGAGGGAUCUCGGCUGUCAGGCCUGCCAGAGAGUCCACCUGGAGGAGGGGCUGAGCUGUGACAGCAGCCUGGCUGCAGACUUCUGGAGCCUUCUAGGAGGACGGACGCAAUACAGAGGAGCCAGUGCAGAAGAGGAGGAUGAGCUCUAUGAGCGCGGUGUGGUGGAGUCCAACUGUGUGUACCAGCUGGUGGAGAACAGGCUGGUGCCUCACGAGCAGGCCUGGGCCUCCAUCCCCAGUAUCUCUCUACUGGGCUCCACUGAGGCCCUGGUGUUUGAUUUCGGCAGUGAGGUGUACCUGUGGCACGGACGGGAUGUUUCCCUCAGCAGGAGGAAUGUUGCUCUCCAGCUGAGUCACCAAGUGUGGGUCGGACCUUAUGACUACAGCAACUGUCGAGUUAAUCCACUGGAUCCCACGCAGUGUAACCCGAACACACAGAUGAGGGGAGAGGGGCGUCCCAGCUGGGCGUUGUUCGGUUGUGUCUCAGAGCACAACGAAACGUCUCUGUUCAGGGAGAAGUUCCUGGACUGGACAGGCGGGAGUGGAGUCACGGAGGACGCUGCUGCAGUGAGCGAGGAGACACAGCCCGUUGCAGUUCAGACUUCCCAGUCCGUGUCCCCGUCAUCAGACGUCCUGGGCGCCUGUGACGCCAAGGCUCUAGUGUCGGGUCGGUCACUGGAAGGGGACGUCUUGGUCCAUAACGUGUUGGCUGGCGUCGACGUCCAGAGGGGUCACGGGGUCAUCACGCUGGAGGAAGGACGUCAGAUGGAGCUGAAAACAGUUGCUGUGGACACGUGGCACGUGCAGGAGUUUGAUGAUAGUGAAGUUCCCGUAGAGAGCACGGGACAGCUUCACGAAGGAGACUCCUACGUGAUCCGCUGGACGUACAGCACCAACACUGUUGAUAAGACAAACAGCACUGAUGAGUGUAGCAGAGCUCCCGAACUAAAAGAGAACAUCGCCUUCUUCCUGUGGCGGGGCCGUCACUCCAGAGUCAGCGGACGGGACACCGCUGCGUUCCUGUCCAUUGGGACGAAUAACCACGAGGAAUCACAGGUGGUGGUACCUCAGGGAAAGGAACCUCCCUGUUUCCUGCAGCUCUUCCAGGGAGGCCUGGUCAUUCACAAGGGCAAGCGAGAGGAGUCGUCCACUAAUGAAGAGUGGCGUCUCUUCUGUGUGCGAGGAGAGCUCCCAGAGGAAGUGUCUCUGUUAGAAGUGGAUUGCUGCUGUGCAGGUCUGAGGUCCAGGGGCUCUGUUGUCCUGCUCAACAGCCAGCAGGGGCUGCUGUAUCUCUGGACGGGCUGUAAAGCACACAGCAGCUCCAGAGAGCUCAACAAGAGGGCGGUGGAGCAUCUCACUCAAAUGUGUCCACCAGAGUUGGGUGUCAGUAAAAGCAGCCCUGUGAAGGUGCAGGCAGUGGAGGAAGGUUCAGAGCAUGCAGACUUCUGGACAGCGCUGGGACAGAUGGACAGGAAGGCCUAUGACUGCAUGCUGCAAGAUCCAGGAAAGUAUAACUUCACACCUCGCCUCUUCCACCUGAGCGCCUCAUCUGGGAGUUUCCAGGCCGUAGAGCUGCAGAGUCCAACUCGGCUGCCAGGGCUCGUGAUGGCGUCGCCCUUUGUCCAGGAGAGUCUGUACUCGGUACCGCAGCCGGCAUUGUUCCUGCUUGACAACCGCCUGGAGGUCUACCUGUGGCAGAGGGGUCGGCCCGAGCAGACGGAGAGCUCGUCUUCGGCCUGGAGCUCCUGGAAUGACGAGAGGAGGUGUGCCAUGCAGACAGCGCUGCAGUACUGCAAAGAGAUGAACCCAAGACGGCCACCGCAGGCUUACCUCAUAUUUGAGGGGUUAGAACCUCUCACCUUCACUAACGUGUUCCCCCGCUGGGAGAGGAGCCUGGGACCCCAAACACAGGGCGAUGCGGGGCGGGUGAAGCUGACCUUGGUGCAGGACGCCCUGGCCCAGCUCAUGAAGACCCAGUACCCUCUGGAGGAGCUGCUUCAGAGCCCCUUACCUGAAGGAGUGGACCCCCAGCGCCUGGAAGUCUACCUGUCUGAUCAAGACUUCCAGACAAUUUUGGAAAUGAAGAGAGAUGAAUACGCUUCCCUCCCAGACUGGAAGCAAAUUGAUCUGAAGAAAAGCAAAGGGCUGCUUUGCUAGACAGCGAAAACAAAUGGAGUCUGAUUGACGCUCCUGCAGCAGGGACUUCCUCCUCCACCGAGAAGGGAAGAUGGCAGGGGGGUAUUAGCGCCAUGUUGUUGCACAAAGGACUGCUUACAACGUAAUAAAAAGAGGAAAGAAAUUCACUUUUAUUUAUGUCAAGCUAGUAUGAGUGUGUGGACUUUUUAUCAGACAUGGAUUUCUCUGUAGCUAUUGUUCAGAGCAAAAAAACAAAACACAUUUUCCUAUGAAAGUUAAUUUUAUCUGUACAAAUCAAUGAAAGAUAUAAAGACAAUGUGUGGGAGUGAGGGAAGCACAUCAGUAAUAAACUGUGGGAUGAGAAAACAAAGAGUGUAUACAAAAAGAAUCAAUGCUAAUAAAACAAUGUAAACAAGAACAAAAAUAAUAAAAGGCUAACCACUUUCUAAAGGCUUCAUUUCAGUUAACAGAUUCUCAAACGGCUGCUUCUCUUCCUGAUCGUCUCCGCAAUCUUAAAACGAGCGUUGACUCCUUAAUCUACGGUAUUUUACAGUCGUGGAAUGUACUGAUGUGUUCAUUCGUCUGCCAGCCUUGUGUGCACAAAGGUUUGUGCCAUGUGUAUUGUAGCUUAAGCCCGUGUGUUCAUUGUUGCUGUGGGUAAUGCCUUAUUAGGACUCAUUGGGGAUUCACUAUUAGCUAUGCAUGGGAGAGCAGGUAGACAUGCUCCAAUAACAUCCCUCUGGCCCAAAACAACACGCUAAUUCUGCUCCACCUCAAUCAACAUGCUGUUCAAAACAUCCUCAUAACACGACAACACAAAGACAUACUGCAUCGCUCUAUAGUGUGUGUGAACGCUGAAACAUGCUAACAUACGGCUAAUAACAAUGCUAACAUGUUGAUGCUCAUCAGAUAUAAUGUUUACUAUUGUAAUUGUUAUGCUAAUUCUAAAGUAGCCUAGAGGCUGAAGUCAUUACUUUUGCAGGUAUUUGUUUAAAAAUGACUGGCACCUAAGUAAUUAUGAUUCAUCCUUUGGGGUAAAUGAAUAUUUGUGCCAGAUUUCAUGGCAAUCCAAGUUGUUUAGACACUCAAAACCACAAAUGCUGACCUGCUGGUGGCUCGAGAGGAAACGUCCGGGCAUCACCAAAGUCAUUAGCAUUCCUCCUCUGGGAACGAUGAAUGCCUGUCCACAUUUUUAUGCUAAUCCAUGAAGUAGAUGUUGAGAUAUUUCAGUGUGGACC